GCGCGUGUGUAUUAUAUACAUCUCAUAGUAUAAAUACAAAAUAAUAUAUACAGCGCGGUUCCACAGUUUAAUAGCGCCGCCCCGUAGUAGAUCGUGUUGCAGCCACCACGGAGACUGAGAGCUUGUGUCGCAGUAAAGUCGCUGCAGUUACCGGACGUGUAUUGUCACGUGUAAGUUCUUAUCACUGUCCCGACUUCGUCGAUAUGCCGAACGUCAACGGAUUUACCCACGAGGACGAUAUCGUCCUGGUCGACUUGAUCCGACAACACCGCGAGCUUUAUGAUGUCCACCAUGAGAGAUACAAGGACAUCGUUUUCAAGGACCUCAAAUGGAAUGAAAUAUCGACCGAGAUCGGAAAAUCGGUUUAUCAAUGCAAGAGACGAUGGAAAAAUAUAAAAGCUUUUUACUUAAAAAGUAAAAGUAAUAUGGAAACUCGAUCAUCAGUAGAUAACAAUUGGUCAUUGUCUAGUUAUGUGUCAUUUCUAGAUGAAAAUAUAUACGAACAAAACAUUAAAUCAAGCAGUCAAAAUGGUGAAGCACAAUUGGAACUCGGGCAACAAAUUUUUGAUAAGUUUUUGCAUGAUGAUGAUUUAGCAUUGCCAUCUUCUUCUUCUACUAAGAAUACUAUUCAAUUAAAGGAAGACAAAAUAGCGGCUAUUUUAACAGAGGGAUUAAAAGAAAGAAAUGAAAUAUUGUUUAACAGUUUACAAAAGCAAAUUGAAAUACUUGAUAAUACCUCAUUUACAGUCACAAUUCAAUAUGAACAGAAUGAUACUUCAAACGUCCAAAACGAAGAAUUGAAAAAUGAUCACGGAGAACACGUCGCUAAUGACACUACCCAUGAUGAAGAAUUUACAUUGCCACAACUAUUACCAAAUUCGGUGUCUUGUUAUUUAGCUGAGAAACUUGCUCAAUCAAAGGAGAGAAAUACGAUUUUGCAUAAUUUGCAAAAACAAAUUGAAAUGCUUAAUAAUAAAUCAGAAACUACUAAAUCAUUAGAUUUGUUUUUUAAAAGUGUAUUACUUGAUGUUCAAGAUUUCUGUCCUCGUGCAAUUGAUGACAUCAAACCCAGAAUUUUGAAAUGUGUCUCUGAAGUCAGAGAAAUGUAUCAUAACUCAAACGUUUCUCCGGAUAAUUUGUCUUGUUCUACUAAUGAAAAAUGUACCCGCGUGGAUGAAGGAAAUACAAUUUUAUUCAACUUGCAAAAUCAAAUUGAAAUACUUAAUGGUAAAUUGGGAGCCACUAACACAAUGGAUUUAUUUUUCAAAAGUGUAUCAGCAGACAUAGAAGAUUUCUGUAUUCGUGCCAUUGAUGAUGUGAAACUUAAAAUUUUGGAGUGUGUUUCCGAAGUUAAAGAAAUGUAUUUUAUUCCUGAGUUGGGUUCAGUGGCUUCUUCAAUAAAUGGCAACUCAACACCCAACUAUGUACCACCACACACAGCACCUAUAAACCUCAACAACGUACCGCAAUCGCCAACUCAAGGAUUUAUAACAUACGUACCUCUUUAUUGCAAUGACCCGUCUAAUUAUGUAACUUCAUAUUAUUAGAUUGGAAAGAAAAAAUUGAUUUUGUUAGUCAUGUUUUUAGAUUAGUUUGAAUUCAACGAUUUAAUUCCAGGUACCUCAGAGAAACAUGAGCCUGUUGUACCCUCCUGUAAUCUUUUUUUUGUGUGUUUAUCGUAAUUUUCUUAAACUAAUAAGAAUAAUAUAUUUGUGUAAUACUUUUUAAUUAUAUUGUGGAUUUAAUUAAAUUAAUCUUGUUUAACAUAUAAAAAUUCGAAAAAGUCACUUGUUAUUAAUUUGUGAAACAAUAUAAUAUUAUUAUGUCUAAUAGGUACCUAUACAAUUAAUAUAGUGAUACAUAAAGUUAAUAUAUUGUAUAGCUCCAUCGUUGAACAUUUACAAUUGUCAAACAUAUCGUAUACCAACAUUUUUUUUUAUUAAAGAUUGUAUUGUUUGGACAGUAUAUAAAUGUAUCAUAAUAUUAAAUAGGGCUGUGAAUUUAAAGCGUUUACAAAUGAUUAAUAAAUUGUUGCUAAACUUCAUACUUCACUUACCUGAACAAUUUUUUUUUUAACUAUCGGUAAAUAUUUAUUUAUUUAUUUAUAUUUAUUUGAGGCCUUCUUAUUUGUCUCUACUAUUCGAUUGAACAAUAUAGGUGAUCAUAAUAACUGUUGUUUUAAAAUAAUAAAAGCUUAUAACAUACACUGUACCUACCUAUAUAAUGUUAUAUCCAAAUGUAUUAAAAAUAAAUAAAUAAACGUAAGAAAAUAAAUUGUAAACUAUGAAAACUUUUAAAAAUAUGUGAAGAAACAAAAGUUUUUAAACUUGAUUCAAUAUUAUGUGAUUCAGACUUUUUCUAAAGAAAGCCAUGUUGUACAAUUAAGAUAAGUUAAAAUGCAUUAUGAUACAAAUUCAUAACUAAUAUUUAUAUUGAUAAAAUUUGGUUUCACAGACCAGAUAAAGUGUAUCUAUCAUUUUAACUAGUUAGUACAAAUUGUUAAAUUUUAAGAGCGACAUUUGAUUCACAAAAUAUUUUUUAAACUUUUUGUGUGUGUGUGUGUUUUGGCAAAUAAAAAUAGUUCUUCUUUAGUCAACUGUCACCAAACCAUAUUACAAAAUUUGGUACUUAUACUUAAUGCCAUAAAUAAUUUUUUU